CCUCUACUGCAAUCAACAAUGGCAAAUGAACCGGUGAUUCUGAAUGUUUAUGACAUGUACUGGAUAAAUGAAUACACCUCCACCUUGGGGAUUGGUGUCUUCCACUCUGGCAUCGAGAUCUACGGCAGAGAGUUUGCCUAUGGAGGGCAUCCCUACCCUUUCAGUGGGAUUUUUGAGAUCACACCUGGCAGUGCGGUAGAACUUGGCGAGACCUUUAAGUUCAAAGAAUCCAUUGCCUUGGGCACCACAGACUUCACAGAAGAGGAUGUGGAUAAGAUUAUGGAAGAGCUGGGCAAGGAGUACAAGGGAAACGCGUACCACCUGAUGCACAAGAACUGUAAUCACUUCUCUGCUGCUCUGGCUGAGAUACUAUGUGGGAAAGAGAUCCCCCGCUGGGUCAACCGCCUGGCCUACUUCAGCUCGUGCAUCCCCUUCCUCCAGAGCUGCCUCCCCAAGGAGUGGCUGACCCCAGCAGCCCUGCAGAGCCACAUCAGCCUCGGCCUCCAUAAGGAGGAGCAGGGGGACACAACGGAUGAGGAGUCUCCCUCCACCUCCACAGCCCCCUCAGCCUCAGGCACAUCGAGAACCUGUAGACAUACCCGGGUCUAAACUGUGCCCAGUAUGCCCUCAAAUAACACCCUCCUUUCUCUUGUACUAUUUCUUUCUCACACCCUUUUUCACACCUUGGUUUCUCUCUUCUUCAAUGGACAAUACAGGAGUGGGAAGACCCUUUCUAUUAUGGAGGUGAAGCUUCAGUCCCUUUUCCAAGGGCUGCCACUACAGUUGCUCAGCAAAAUGACUGUGAACCUCAGUGCUGAACUGAGGAGCAUGGCAACUAAAUUGGAUUCUCCUCCAAGGUCCCUUGAUCAUGCUCCUUGAUCCACAGAGAACUGCUGGCUCUCUCGGGCAUAAAGGCAUGCAUAUGGGCAAGGGGGCACCAUACUGUGAUGUUCCUUCUCUGGAACUGUUUUAUCUUUUUAUCUCUUCCCCAACCCAUGUGAGCCCACCAGCCUCCUCCCUAUUUUGGCUGGGCUUGCCAUUCUCCUCUGACAAAUCUCCUGCCCACACCCAGUGAAGGAAGCAGAGCCAGAACUCAAUCUGCUCAUCUCUUAGACCAGCAACAAGCUCCACUCAGCCCCAUCCCUUUUGUAAUUAUCAGGUUUCUAACUCAUGUGAAGGACAAAUGAAAGGUGCUGCUGUUGUACAACCACCAGUUUUCAGUACUGAAAUUUAAGAGCUCGAAUGACUGUCCUGCUCUUGAAAAUGAGAACAAAAAAA